UUCCACUCCUCAUAGGCGACAAUUUUUAAGCACCACCACCAUCCCCACCUUUCCCACUUCAUUUUUUUCUCUCUCGCGUGCGGUUACGCGCUUACUCUUAUUUUCUUACUCUUAACUCUUAAGAGAUUUCAGUAAUACAUAAAUAUUCUAAAGAUGUCGCCAACUGAAUCAUCACGGGAGGAGAAUGUUUACAUGGCCAAGUUGGCCGAACAGGCUGAGCGUUAUGAAGAAAUGGUUGAGUUUAUGGAGAAGGUAGCUAAAGCCGUUGAUGUUGAGGAGCUCACUGUUGAGGAAAGAAACUUGCUUUCCGUGGCUUACAAGAACGUGAUUGGAGCUAGAAGGGCCUCAUGGAGGAUCAUCUCCUCUAUUGAACAGAAGGAGGAAAGUAGAGGAAAUGAGGACCAUGUCAAGAUAAUUAAGGAGUACAGGGGAAAGAUUGAGUCUGAGCUGAGCAAGAUCUGUGAAGGAAUUUUGAACCUUUUGGAGUCACAUCUUAUUCCCUCAGCCUCAUCUGCCGAGUCUAAGGUCUUCUAUCUUAAGAUGAAGGGUGAUUACCAUAGGUACUUGGCUGAAUUUAAGACUGGAGCUGAAAGAAAGGAAGCUGCUGAGAGCACUUUGUUGGCUUACAAGUCAGCUCAGGACAUUGCUCUUGCAGAAUUGGCUCCUACUCACCCAAUUAGGCUUGGACUUGCUCUUAACUUCUCCGUGUUUUAUUACGAAAUCCUCAACUCGCCUGAUCGUGCUUGCAAUCUUGCAAAACAGGCUUUUGAUGAGGCUAUUUCUGAGCUUGAUACAUUAGGCGAGGACUCGUACAAGGACAGUACAUUGAUCAUGCAACUUCUCCGAGACAAUCUGACACUCUGGACUUCUGACAUCACGGAUGAUGCUGGGGACGAGAUCAAGGAAGCAUCAAAACGUGAAACAGGGGAAAGCACCGGACAGCAGUGAUGACUGAAGAGCUUGGAUAAAGAAGGAUGUGAACUCUGUAUUAUGAUUUUUAAGUAGAUCCCCCAUGGUUGUAGUUGCACAUUUUCUUAAUGAAUGAACUCGAUGUCCCUGAUGUCUUCAGGAUUGGAAAUAUUCCAACGUAUUAUAUAUUUUGCUAUUUUGCUUUUCAUAAA